AUGACAAGGAGAGCGAAACACCUCCUAAGUGCCCUACAAGUGGGUGACAACGCGACGCUGAAAGUUCCCGAGUUUGAUCGUGGGCCGAGUGACAGCAGGAACCUCCUGGUUGUGGUACUGCAGAGACGAGACCUGUACCAGAUGCUGCCAGGGAAAUUCAUCGUAUAUGCAACGGUGGCUAUUCUAUUACUCCUUCAAGUGAACGAUUCAGAAGCCACCUUCGGCAGGGGACGGAAAAGACGACCAAAACAUAAAUAUAAAUGUGUCCCGCAGAUAGAAUAUUCGACAGUCUAUCAAACAGAGACUGUUCAGCAACACGUGCAAAAAACAGUUGUUCAAACAAAGAAUGUGCCUACCACACUGUACCGGACAGUUACCAAAACAACCAACAAAGUUGUGUACUCGACGCAGGUAGUGCCUCAGUAUGUCACGACUACACAGUUUCAUGCGCAAGAAAAUAUCCAUACUGUAACUUCUUUUGCUUAUGAAACCCAAUUGGAACCAGUUUACUUAACUUCAACGAGAUAUAUUCCAACUUACGUAACAACAACGGAGGUUUCUUAUCAAUAUCGGACCCAGACUCAGCACCAAACACAGUUUUCUACGGUGGUAAAUACUCAGUUCUCAACCAUUACAGAAUACCAAACUCGUUAUGAAACUCGAGUUCAAACUCAGACGCAAGAUAACUACAUCACAGUCACCAGCACACAACAGAAUUACGCAACUAAAUGUGGUGACGGUGCUGGUGGCAGCGAUAGUGAUGGUGGUGGUGGUGGUGGUGGUAGCGGGGGCUCUGAAGAAAUAUAUCUUGCACCAGAGUCAGGGUAUUCUCCGCCAGUUUACCAAGGAACUUUGUUCAGGACACCAGAUACGCGUAGGCCAUCACUUGACCAGUCGUAUCAAGCUCCGGCAGAGCCACAACAAUCAUAUGGAGCACCACAAACUCCUCCUCAACAGACUUAUCAAGCACCACAAGUUCCUCGGCAGCCACAGCAAACAAUUCAAGUUCCUCAGCAAUCUUACCAGGCACCGCAAGCACCACAGCAAUCAUAUGAAACUCCGCAGGCUCCCCAACCAGCUUAUCAAGCUCCACAGGCACCCCAGCAGUCUUAUCAAGCUCCACAAGAACCCCAGCAGUCUUAUCAAGCUCCACAAGAACCCCAGCAGUCUUAUCAAGCUCCACAGAGCACCCCAGCAGUCUUAUCAAGCUCCACAGGCACCCCAGCAGUCUUAUCAAGUCUCCAAGGCAGAACCCCAGCAUCUUAUCAAGCCCCACAAGAACCCCAACAGUCUUAUCAAGCUCCACAAGAACCCCAACAGUCUUAUCAAGCUCCACAAGAACCCCAGCAGUCCUAUCAACCUCCACAAGAACCCCAGCAGUCUUAUCAAGCUCCACAAGAACCCCAGCAGUCAUAUGGAGCUCCCCAAGUUCCUCAGCAGUCCUAUGGUACUCCACAGUCUCCUCAGGCUCCUGCAGUUCCUCCACAAGUUCCUGCUGCACCCUCUCCAGGUCCUGAAAACUCUGGGCCUCCUCUUUAUGCAGACGACUAUGAUAAUGUGGAAGAGGAGGAUGGUGGAGAGAAUGGGGAUUAUAACUAUGAAUACAACGGCAACGACAACUCCUAUGAUACUUAUGACACGUCAGAAAACGACGUAGAGUCUGAUGAUUAUUAUGCAGAUCCUUCAUCUUUCGAUAACGCUCUAUUAGCCGCUCCUCCUGCGCCCGUAGAUAUCCACACCCCUCCGGCCCCCGCCCCUGCUCCUGCUUUUGUAUCCGAAACCGCAGGAGGUUUUGCAGGACCUGACAAUACCUUUGGUACUUUUGUUAGCGACAAUGGUGGUUCCUCUUUUGCAGUUCACCAAGUAUUCGGGGAUAAUUUAGGAAAUUCCAACGGAGCUUUGGAAGAAGAGGACUCCUCUUAUACCUCUACCAGAAAGAGAGAGGUUAAAAAAGGUGAUCUGGAAGUUCUAAUGGCAACGAUAAAUAAAAAGACAGACUUUAGAAGCAAAUAA